GCUGGGUCCACUCAGUGCGGCUUCUGUAAAGAUGGCGGUCAGCAGCAUCCUAGGCCGCCCGUCACGGAGCAGUCGGGUGCGAGGUCGGAAUGACAGCGGGGAGGAGAACGUACCGCUGGAUCUUUGCAGAGAUCCUGCAGAGAACCUUCGUGAAAUCCUUCAGAACGUUGCAAAGCGGCAAGGAGUCUCCAACAUGCGCAAGCUUGGUCACCUGAACAACUUUGUGAAGCUUCUCUGCAGCGUUGGACACUCAGAGGAGAAGCUUGGCUUUACAUAUGAGGAGAUGAUUAUUUGUCUGCGGUUAGCGUUGUUGAACGAGGCCAAGGAAGUGCGUGCAGCUGGAUUACGGGCUCUACGUUACCUGAUCAGAGACAGCAGCGUACUAGAGAAAGUGCUUGGACUGCAGGUGGACUAUCUGAUUGCAAGGUGCAUUGAUAUCCAGCAAAGUAAUGAGAUUGAAAGAACACAGGCUCUCAGACUGGCACGCAAGAUGAUCACUGUGAACGCGCUGCUCUUCCCCUCCUCUGUCACCAACUCCCUCAUUGCCGUGGGCAACGACGGGCUGCAUGAACGAGAUCGCAUGGUGCGGGCCUGCAUUGCCAUAAUCUGUGAGCUCUCCUUGAAGAACCCUGUUGUGGUGGCGCAGCGAGGCGGUCUCAGCACCAUUCUAAAGAGCGUGACCGACUGUCAGCUGAGUCGCAUCAAUGAAGCUCUCAUCACCACCAUCCUGCACCUCCUCAACCACCCUCACACCAGGCAAUACGUCCGCUCUGACGUUGAACUGGAGCAAAUCCUGGCCCCAUACACAGACUUCCACUACAGACACAGUCCUGACAUAGCAGAGGGCCAGCUCAAGGAGGAUAGGGAGGCUCGAUUCAUGGCUACUAAAAUGUCUAUAGUUGCCUCAUUUCGCUCCUGGUCAGGCAUCAUUAACCUCUGCAAGUCAGGCAACUCUGGCAUCCAGUCUCUUAUUGGCUUACUCUGUAUACCAAAUAUGGAAGUGCGGAAAGGAUUGUUGGAGGUGUUGUAUGACAUCUUCCAGCUUGUCAUACCUGUAGCCACUGCAGACUUCAAUGAAGCACUUAUUAGUGUAGACCCCAGUAGGUUUCAGGACAGCUGGAGGUUGUCUGAUGGAUUUGUGGCUUCCGAGGCAAAAACAAUGCUCCCACAUCGAUCAUGUUCAAGGCCGGACCUGAUGGACAACUACCUGGCUCUAGUGCUUUCUGCCUUCAUCAAAAGUGGUCUACUAGAGGGUCUGGUCGAGGUGAUCACGAGCAGCGAUGAUGCCCUAUCUAUACGGGCUACCAUCUUGGUGGGAGAACUUCUCCAUAUGGCCAACACCAUCCUCCCUCACAGCCACAGCCACCACCUGCACUGCUUACCCACCCUCAUGAACAUGGCCGCUUCCUUUGAUAUCGCUCCUGAGAAGAGACUACGAGCAAGUGCUUCGGUCAACUACCUGAAGUGUUUUCAUGAGAAGAAGAAGCGAGGCGCCAAACCUUACAGUCUCUACUUGGACCACAUCCUCCGCACAUCGGGGGGGUCACACUAUUGUCGAGAGCAGCACUUUAGACCUCAGAGAGACAUUUUCAUUGUUAAGGAAACUGAAGAGGCUCUGGUGACCAACAUGAGAGACAGCCACAUCUUUAACCACAAGGAGAACCUGGACUGGAACUGGUGUCUUAUUGGAACCAUUUUAAAGUGGCCAAAUGUCAGUUUGCGUAGCAAUAAGGAUGAACAAAUGCACAAGUUUGUGCGAAGGCUGCUUUUCUUCUACAAACCCAGCAGUAAGCUGUAUGGCAGCCUGGAGCUGGAGCAUCCCAAGGCCAGACAGCUCACUGUUGUUGGCUGUCAGUUUGUAGAGUUCCUCCUGGCGUCUGAAGAGGAAGGCCAGGCAUACCUGGAAGACCUGGUAAGGGACAUUGUCCAGUGUCUGUUCUCCUCUGCCGGGCUCAAACCUGACCGCAGUCUGCAGGGCAGUGGGCUGCUAACCACACUCAGCCAGCAUUACUUCCUCUUCCUGGGCGCCCUGUCAGCCCACCCACAUGGUGUCAAGAUGCUAGAGAAGUGCAGCGUCUUCCAGUGUUUGCUGAACAUGUGCAGUCUGAAGAAUCAAGAGCACCUGCUGAAGCUGACAGUCUCCACGCUGGAUUACAGUCGAGACGGUCUGGCUCGAGUCAUUCUGUCCAAAAUCCUCACUGCUGCCACUGAUACCUGCAGGCUGUACGCCACCAAGCACCUGCGGGUCCUGCUGCGUGCCAGUGUGGAGUUCUUUAGUAACUGGGGCAUCGAGCUCCUGGUGACGCAGCUUCACGACCGCAAUAAAACCAUUUCCAUGGAGGCGCUGGACAUCCUGGAUGAAGCCUGUGAAGACAAGGCCAACCUACAUGCACUGACAGAGAUGAAACCUGCUCUCACACACCUGGGGGACAAGGGUGUGCUACUGCUGCUAAGGUUUUUAUCUAUUCCAAAGGGGUUCUCCUAUCUCAGUGAGAGAGGAUAUAUCACUAAACAGAUGGAGAAAUGGCAGAAGGAGUAUAACUUGAAGUAUGUGGACAUGAUAGAGGAGCAGCUUAAUGAGGCCCUCACCACGUACCGCAAGCCUGUUAAUGGAGACAAUUAUGUGCGACGCAGCAACCAAAGGUUACAGAGACCAAACGUUUACCUUCCUGUGCACUUGUAUGGUCAACUGGUUCAUGAUAAGACUGGCUGCCAGCUGCUUCAAGCCCAGAAUGUGGUUCCUGAUUUGAGUGACAGGGUUCGAUCUCCUGCCCUGGACAAAUGGGAGGGCAUCAAAAAUCUGAAGGCAGCUCUCUGGGCUUUGGGAAACAUAGGCUCAUCAAACUGGGGUCUGAACUUGCUGCUGGAGGAGGGGGUGAUCCCUGACAUCGUGGCUCUGGCCCACCACUGUGAGGUCCUGUCCAUCAGAGGGGCAUGUCUGUAUGUGCUGGGCCUCAUCAGUAAGACGAAGCAGGGCUGUGAAACACUAAAGCAACAGGGCUGGGACGCUGUAAGACAUAGCCGUAGCAUGCUGUGGCCCAUAGUACCGGAGGAGUUGGAGCCUCAGCCCAGGCCUUACAACCUGCUGUCCUCUGUUCCCAGUACCCUCAGGCUCAUAGAUUCCACAGGCUCCAGGCACAACAGCGAGAGUGACUCUGUACAACCCAGUGCGUAUAUGCUAGAUGAUGAGAGGCUGGAAGGCUGUGACUUCUCAGAGGAGUCUUCUCUGUACGUGUGCCCCAAACUGACGAAGGACCGAAGUCCUCUUACUAUGCUGGCCUCUUCCCGCUUCCGCAACCGCCUUCUACACUCUCUGUCUCUCCCUGGGAAGAAGCCUCGCACCACCCCUUACACCAAAAGCAGCAACCAAGGCCAAGGAGGAGGGCUGGAUGGAAAACAGGUGCUUGAAUGCACCAGCUACUCAUUUGUAGCGACAGAUGUUUUCCCGAUUUACAACGGCCAUUUGUCUAAAAGCCCUUCAGGUGGUAAAGAGACCUCUCUUGUGGGGAAUAAAGCCAUAGAGAAUGGCGGAAGCAUACCCAGUAUUGGGGAGGGGGAAAUGGAUGGGUCAGGGGUCAGGAACCAGCGUAGCUAUGAACGUUUGGCUGAAGAUGGGCCCUCAGGAGGUGGUGGAACCCAGUUUAAAAGCCGCAGCCAGAGCUUUAACACAGACACCACCACGAGUGGCAUCAGCUCCAUGAGCUCCAGCCCCUCCAGGGAGACCCUGCCUUCCACCAUAGAUGCCGACUGUGUCAGCCUUAACACAGUGAUAAGCACCCAGACUAUCCAGAACGUGCACUCACUGACACCCCAACCCUGCUCCACACCGCUUUCAAUCCCUAAGUCCUGCUCUGCCUCGCUUGUGCCUCCUGGCUCCUCCCACACUUUGCCCCGCCGAGCCCAGUCCCUCAAGUCCCCCUCAGUGAGCACCCUGAGCAGCCUAGCUGACUACAGCUUGUACUCCAGCUCCAGAGAUGCUUUGGGAUAUGCCACGCUGAAGUACUCGAGCUCCCACAAUGGCUGCACAAGUCCUCGUGACGCUCUGGGCUACGCCACCCUGAGGAGGCUGCAGCACCAACGGAUCCAGCCGUCCCUGUCGCACAGCGAGGCCUUGGCCUCCCCAGCCAAAGACAUACUCUUCACUGAUGCCAUCACUAUGAAUACAGGCAGCCUGGACUCCAGACUCACUUCACGAAGAUUUUUGAAAGCUCUGAGCUUUACAUCUCUGGACAAGGAAGACCUGCUGAGUCCAAUCAACCAAACUACACUGCAGCGCUCUUCCUCUGUACGCUCCAUUGUGUCCACUGGCACCUAUGGAUCCUCUGAUGACUAUAUAGGCCUCGCUUUGCCUGUCAAUAUCAACAACAUGUUCCAGAUUAAAGAAACCCCGUAUUUCCAAAAGAGGAUGAGCCCGCCUUCUGAGGACCGCUCUGCUAAAUUCUUCUCUGGAGACUCUGAUGGCCCCAGUGACGGAUGUUGGCCAGCAAGGCUCCGUUCUCAGCUCAGUUUCUCAGAGCUGAUGGCGGUGAGCCGGGCAGAGCAGCAGCAGAUGCUGGGCUCAGAGGAGACGGGUCUUCAGGAGCACAACGAUAACAACUGCCUGUACUGUGCCGGACUGUCUGUGCUUGGACUCAACUCUCAGAACAGUGAGCCAGAUCUGACAGAAAUGCCCCCAUUCUCAGAGUGGCGCAGUUCACCUCCAGCAAACCAUUUGGAGGUCAUGGUCCAAGUCAAGUUGUCAGGGGGGUCUGGAUGCAGUGACACUGUGUCCCAGGGAUCUGUGGGUAGUGGCCGCAGCACAGAACUCGUUUUGGGUAUGAAGUCCAUCCCAGAGGACGCACCGGCCGGCAGGGUCCUGCUGAGGAAGGAGGUGCUUCGUCUGGUCAUCAACCUCAGCUCCUCCGUGGGAACCAAAAACCAUGAGACCAACCUGUUAACUAUCAAGGAGAAGUUCCCCUAUGCGUUUGAUGACGUCUGUCUGUAUUCAGAGGUGUCCUACCUGCUGGCUCACUGCAUGUUCCGCCUGGCCUCACGCCGCUUCAUCCAGGAGCUCUUCCAAGAUGUGCCAUUUGUACCAAUGUAUGAAGAGGCGGAGAGCAUCCUGUUCGUGCUGCCACAGAAGUCCUCAUCUCCACGCUCUGACACUUGAUUAACCCUUUUACUUAUCGUCUGGCAGCUGAAGCUCGACUGUCCCGGAGCCCAACUGCGUGUCCCAACCCACCUGUGAACAGUCACCGACCUCCUAACUCACACUCCCUCACUGCAACCCCACAUCCUCUACGGCUGCUCUCUUCAGGGGAAGCAACAGCCUUCAGACAAUGAUCACAUAACAACAUCACGCAGAAUGACCCAACGACGACCUGGUGAUAGCCGCUAAAAGGUUGGUUUUCCUUAUCCACACUUGUGCUGCUGCUACUGCUUAAAACAGAAAAAGAAGCUCAGCUUUUCCCCAAAGUGGAUCUUUGACAUGAUACUAAAGAUGAUGUGCCAACACAGUUCCUGUACUUUUGAUAGAACACUAAACGCCUCCUCAUUGUGAGAAAGGACUUGUUUGUUAUGGAUUUUGAUUGGUCUGUUUGCACAUGAUUAGAGAAUGUAAAGCAGAUGGAGUGAAGUCAGACAAUCAUCAAAUUUAACCUUCUGUCUUUAUUAUUCAAGUUACUUUAGCAAUCUUUAGCGCUCACAACCUCUGGUGAUCUCAUCAGUACAAACACUGAUAGCAGAGCAAUAAGGUAGCAGUUACUGUAUUCACUGGAGUGUGCCUCAUAAAUACAAUUUGAAUGCACUUUCAGAGGUUUAUGAACAUCACUGAAUAUGUAAUGUUUUUGCAUAACAACAUUUAUUUAUUAGUAUAACCGAUCAGUGCUAGAAACGGCAUUUUCUGACCUUGUAUUAUUUCGUUGCAAGUGUUUUUACUGAGAUUUGCACAAAAAACUCAUAUCAAAGUGGAAAUUGGAUUCCUGAAAGAAUAUUACUGUUGGGUCUCUGUAAAUAAUGUUAUAAGGAGUUCGGUCUAGACCUGCUCUAUUUGAAAAGUGUCCUGAGAUAACUUCUGUUAUGAAUUGGCGCUAUACAAAUAAAAUUGAAUUGAAUUGAAUUGAAUUGAAUUGAAUUGAAUUGAAUUGAAAUUGAAUAUAAAGAAUUUGAACAUAUCAAAAAAAACAUUUUGAAGAAGUUUCCAUACCUGUUAUUUAAUAUCAGCAAGGUUGAGUCUCUUGUUUAACAUUGUGUGCCAUAGUAAGCUGAGCUUUGACAGUUUUUAUCCAGAAUUGUUGUAACUUUGACUAGAGCCUGACCGAUAUGGGAUUUUUGAGACUGAUACUGAUUUUAAUAAAUAAUAAUAAUAAAAAUAAUAAUACUAUUAUCAUAAACCCUUUUGGGUUCUCAUGCAUCCUGGAAAACCAGUCAAUUUAGAGACUACUUUUCAAGUCAUGUAUUUUAGCUCCUCACUUAGAUUACCUAUGUUGUUGUUAUUGGUUUAAGAACCUGCGCGGUAAGACACUUCAAAGCAAGUUUACCAGAUGUGGAAUGAACUUAGAACCACCUUUUCAGUGUUGAGUAUUUUUUGCCAGAGCUACAAGCUCUGUACAUGAACACUGUGUCAUUGAAAAUGAGGAAUAAAACUAAAUAUGUCAGUAUUUGACCUACUGGUAAAUUAUAUUACUGUUAGUGAGCAAGGGCUGUUAUGAAUUGUCAAGAAAACUGAAAUGAAAUUCCUAAAAAGAGUAGUAAGAGGGAACCCUUAAAAAAGAAUGGAACAUACACUCUGUAGAAUUCUAGUUACCAUUGCUGAGAGAUGCUUCUUCUCUUACUCUGUGCUGCUUGCCACAGUAUUGUAAAUCACAGGAACUGUGCUGGAUAAACUUUGCUGUGGUGCCAGUAUAUUACCACAAGCAUUUAUUUUCUGCGUUAUAUACUGGGAAAAACAUGUUGUUAUGUACAUACGUACAUAUCAAUACGUUAUUUCAGUUUGGCUCUAAUCUUGACCUUUUUUUUUCACUGGAUGCAAUCUAAUGAGACUGAGCUGUAACAAAGGAAAUGUGAGCACGGCAUAAUAUAUGUAAACACGGAGUGGCCCAGGUAAUGGAAUAUCUAGAGUUUGAAGUCAAAGGCAAUUGGUUUUGCUGUUUUGGAUCAAGAGAUUUUGCCCCUUAAUCAAGAGGCUGUGUCAGUUCAACUGACUAAUCACAAAGGUCACAUGGUGCAACUGGAUUCACCUAUGUCUCCAGCCCCAAGACCAGCCACUGACUCAGAUAUGUGGAUGACAGCUGGGUUCAAAUCUAAAUGUAAGCCUUCACAGAUCAGAUCAGCUCACAAACAUCAAGUUUACAGGAAGUCCUUAGACUGGUUUUCUUGGAUUAUGCAGUACACAUCAAAGCGGAUUCACUGGAAACACACUGAACAGUCCUCAGUAGACGAGAACACAAGCUGAGUGUCAUUAUAACUCUUCACCUUUGGGCUGUGGAAUCUAGUAUCUGCUACCCAAAUAUCUAGACUUCAAGGCCAAAACAGCAAGUCCAGUUGCCUUUAAGUCAAUAAUUCCCUCUCCAUGUAUCCCUGACUGCAGGCCUGCAGACCUCAAUGUGGGCAGAGUCAAAUGUUUGACCCAGCCCACUGCAGAACUAAUUUAAUACGGUGUCCGAAGAGGGACAAGAAACCAUAAUGAAUGUGGCGAAAUGCAGGGAUUUAAACACAAGGAACUUAAUCUUUGGUUUUACUAAUUAUGAAAUACAAUAUUGACACAUUUAACAAAAUAACAGAUUAACUACCUAUCAAAACAUUAAAUUACCUUCAUUAUUCAUUAAAUGAUGAAAAAAGUAAUAUAUUUUAAUGUAUAUUUAUCAUAAUCAAAUGUAACCUGAGAUACUUUCCUAAUGUUAUCAAAAAUAAAGGAUCACUAGACUGUUUUUUUAUUUUUAUUGAACAACAAAUUAUUUAACAAACAACAAACAAACAUUAACAUAAAACAAGCAGACAAACAAUAAAAAUGUUAAUGAAAUACUAAAAUGAUAUUAAUGAUGAGCAUAAUGACAAAAAUGAUAAUAAUGUUAAUAAUAAUAAUAAUGACAAUAACUAUGAUGUUGAUAAUGAUAAUAACAAUGAUGACAAUAAUGAUGAUAUGAAUGAUGAUAAUGAUAAUAUAAUAAUGAUGAUAAUAAUACUAAUAACACCAAUAAUUAUGAAAAUAAUAAUAGUAAUAACAACAAUAAUAAUAAUGAAUAAUUAAAUUAAAUCACUGCCAAAGAGGAGAACUGGACCAAGUCAUGACUAAUAUUAAAAAAUUAAAAAUAUGCAUCUUUUUUAUUUUUUUUUUUUAUUCUCACCGAUUGUCAGGCGCACGACAGAGACAUAAUUCAACUAAUAAAUAUUGCAACAAUUUAUGAAAUCUAUUAACAAACCAUUGGUCACUUAGCAUUUUUGCUGGGCUUGUUGAGACCUUUCCUAAAUUUUCAAUUAUAGAGUGCUUAAACAUGUUACAAUGAAUGGGUGCAGUUCAGUGUUCAGAAUAAGUCAUUUUUUCAUUAUCAUUUGCACUUCUUUACUGAGCGAAAGGUUCUUGAAAGCAUCGCCAUCCAGUCUUCCAAUACCUUGGUCCAUGGUAACUUCACAGUCCUUAAUGGAUACACAAAAGCAUGACUGAUUGUGCAGGUUUUAAUAGUGUGUAACAUGUUUGUGUGCAAUAAACUUCCUUCACACUAACAAACUCUUUUGGCGGAGAGCUGUAAGGCCUCUUGGCACGUGGCUGGUCUUCAUUUUGGGUGUCUAGUGCCAUCUGUAUACCGUCCACUAUCACAGUGGUAUUUUGUUUAACGUUGCAGUACAUAACAUUUUUUACAUUUGUGAUGAGGUGUGUAUUGAAAUCCUCAGUUGCUGAUAGACAGCCCACAAUACAGCUGUGUCCCAUUACUGAUACUCGUAACCAUUACUGAGCAAUGUGUUUAAAUGGAAAAAUAAACAAGAUACAAAAUUUAGCAGAUCCAUCGCAAAUAUGUAACAAAUGGAGUGUGCAUAUUGGAAGUGUACCAUAAUUAUUAGACAGUGUUUAACACUCAUUUAUCCUGCACCAGUUCACACCUAGGCUUAUCACUGCUGUGCAUAUGGAUUUUUUUUAAGUUUUCAAAAACAUUUAUUUGAGUGCUGUCCUGAAGUAUUGUCUUUAUACAAGUCUUUAAACAUUGGUUAAGGACUAUCCCACUAAUCAUGACAGCAUACCUGUGCUCUUUUAUAUUCUAGUCGUCUUUUCCUGUUUUUGCUCAUCUCCUCUUUAGAUCUGUGUGAGUCAAUGAUAUCCAUUCAUUAUAAAAAAAUGUAGUCAUAUAAUUAUCAUUGAGACAAUUGAUGUUAAAAUUUAAAGUGAAGCCUUAAUAAUUUUCUAGACUUGUUCAUUUAAUGAAAAAAUACAAUCAAAAUACAAUCAAUAUACAAUAGUCAAACAUUAAAGACAUCAAACGCAUCAAUCUGUUUUGCAGAUUAACACAAAUGUGAAAUUGGUUCAUGUAAGGUACUCAUAGUCCAGAGAAAUAUGGGCUGAAUAUAUGCAUAAAGGAACUUUAAGUAAAACUGAAAAGAAAACACGCAUAAUGACUUUAUUAUAAUACCAUAUUAUAUAAAUACAUGUAGAAAAAUAACAAACUAUGACCAGAGACUCAUAAAGCAUCCUAUCUCUGAGUUGUAUACAAGUGAUUUUAAAAUCAAAAAGACAAGAUAUGCUCUUAAUAACAAAAAAAAUGUCACUGUUAUAUUCAUAGAGCAUAUUUACUGUACGUGUUAAUAUAAAGUAUGAACGAUGAGGGCAGUGGGGGUCAUAUCGCGCAGCCCUUAAUUACAGUGUAUUCAAUAACUACAUUUACGUUAGUUUAAAUAUAACAUUAGCUCAUGUGCAGCUAAUUCACAUAACCUAACGAUACACCUAAAAUUACAUGAACAAUAUUAAAAAAGUCACACUUCCAUUAUUUAUGAUACCAAAGCGGCAGUCAGAAGUGUGGAAGGAGAGAGGAGGAAUGCAUAAGACCAAACAGGAAUCAUCACGGUGACAGCGGAGUCAAAUGUUGGAGAGUGGGCGGGGUUUCACGUUUAACUCCGCCCACAUUGAGGUCUGCGGGUCUGCAGUCAGGGGCUUCUCCAUGUAUCCAGAUGAAGUGGGCGUGAUCACAGGUGUGGUUCACCCAAGUACUGCAUUAACCCCAGCUCUCUAUCAGUGGAUUAAUGCCACUGCCCCUUUGUUCCAUGUUCAAACAUGUAGUUUUCUCUGUAACUGACCUGCAACUGCUGUUUUAUGGAGACCCAAAGUGUUCAGUAUGAAAUAAUUAAGUCUUUAUGAACGUAUUUAUAAAUAACAAAUGACUAUUUCAUGUCAAGUUUUAUUUUAUGAUCAUGAUUUUAUGAUUAUGAUAUGCCCCCUGACUUUUCAGCUAGCAAACUCAACAGCUGCUAAACAAUUGAACCCCAGUUAGCAUAUUUUAGCUAGAGCAAGGACAGUUUCAAAGUUAUUCAGAAUUUUUGAAUUUUGAGGUUGUAAAUAAACACAAUCCACAUACACAGAAACUAAACCUAUUAAGUGUUUAGCCUUAGCAUAAGGCUGCUCAUACUAUCUGCUUAACUGGCUAACUAGCUAGGGCAGCUUGUGUACUUCAACUAUGAUUCAGCAUCAAAGUGAAGAGCCAGCGUUGGCUAGUUGGUUAGAGCAACCACUGUGAAAGUAUUUUUCUCUUCGUGUUUUUCUCUGAGGAACGUCAGAAUAUCCGAGGGAACUCUGAAUUAACUCGCUAAUGUUAGCUGUUGCUGUUAGCAUUGGCUCUUAACUUCAGCUCUAUUAAACCAUGGCUAGCUAGUUCAAUGGUAAAUGGACCCUUUCACACACAUUCACUCAGUGAACAAAACAGAAACUAACAUUCAUACACUGAUGCACGGCAUCAGGAGCAAUCUGAGGUUCAGUAUCCUGCUCAAGGAUACUUAAACAUGUGACACCAGGAGCCGGGGAUCAGCCAACAGCCUUCCGAUUAAGGAACGACCCGCUCUGCCUCCGAGCCACGGCUGCCCUAGCCAGCAAGCUAGAAGUAUGUGUAACCUUGUUCAGCUAAAUAAAUAAAAGGAGCUGGAUGGAGAGUGUCUGUCUAUUGACAGCGACAGCUAGAUAGUUGAUCCAGAAUUACUUUGACGUUGGCAUAGCUAAAAGGUGCUAACUUGCUAAUUCUGCUCGCAGUUGUUGAGCUUGCAUGCAAGGACGGUGACAUGAAAUAAGAAUGUCAUUAUGAAACAGAUUCAUGAGGUGUGCAAAAAAGGCAUUUUGAAGUAAACAUCGUAAUAUGGAAUGAAAAUGAACUUAUUUUGGAAAUAAGAAUAAUGAAAUUAUAUUUUAUAAUUAGUUGAAUUUUAAUAUGUUCUUAAAUUAUUUCCCAAAGUCUUGCUUUAUUUGCAUAUUUUACAUAAUAUAUUGUGAUUGUUGUGAAUAUUUAUUUCACUUUUUUUUAAUUAUUGAACAUUUUGGGACUCCAGACUGUGGACCAUGAUCUUGUUUAAACUAUUAAAUGAGAUAUGAGUGUUGUUAUUACUAUGCAAUAUGGCUGAACCUGUAAGUUAUGCUAUGGGCAAGGAGUAGACUGAGCAGUGACAACGUUUGUAAGUCUGUUCAGUUUAGGCAGCUGGAACUACUUUUCCUUCAUUUUUUGCAUUAUUUUAAGAAAAGUGUUGAAUUUGAUUUGACUACUGUGCACAUACACAAUAAAACCUGUGUACUGUAUGUGAAUGACAUUUGUGAAAGUCUUCAUGGGAGAGGAAAUGCGAAGGUGCAUUUUAUUAUGUAAUAUUGCGCCACUACUAAUUAAAUCAGUUUCCACCGAUAACUUCUUCCUUUUGCACUUUUCAGAUUCUUCUUCUAUUUUCACUUCCCUGUGGUAAACUGAUGUAACUAUUUUAAGGAACAUAUUUAGGUGAACAGAUGAAACUCUGAAAAGGUUUUGACUUUGGUAUUUAACUUUAAAAAACAUCAUGAGCAUUUUAUUCCUUGUGUUGUACAUGUUUUAGCUUCUCUGAGGAUCAGUUGUCUGUAUUAUAAAAGAUUGAAGGAAAGAA